AUGAGCGUUGUGGGACAAAGGGGCGACGACGAUCUUCUCCUCUAUUUCUUUGGGAAUUUGGGUGUUGUCAGCCAAGUUCUUGGCGGGGGCGAGCCCAAUCUCCUCGAGGAUACGCCUGCCGGCUGGCGUGCAGGACAACCGAGCGUGUUCCUGCACCUCGGUUAUGGCCUUCAUGGUGCUGUGCACUCUGAGCCGGAGGGAUUCCUCGGUACGCGUCCUGACAAGCAGCCCGAGGGCUCUCUUGACGAAUCUUCGAAUGAGUGCAUCGAGCUUGUCCCGCUCGGCUCAGCCAGUUGUGCAUGGCCACCGUGUAGGCAAGUUCCGGCGGCACCCAUUCGCUACAGAUACGCGUUGUCUCGGGUGCUGGUGCUCGUGCUGCCUCUACUCAUCGUGGGGCUGGUGGCCGCUGCCGUGGUGGCCGCCACCAGCAGCAGCAGACGCCAAGAAUACCAUGGCACACGCCUCGACAAUGAUGAGAAAGACUUCACUGAAGAAGACACGAGUCUGCUUAUUGGUUCCGGUGGCCUGUCACGGGAAGCUCCCGCGGAGACGUUCAAGCCACGGCGGCUGGUUGACACUGGAGGCAAACACAUCGCGGCCAACGCCACGGAGACCCCAGAGAUUACCGUAAAUACGCCUGCUCGCUACCAUGGCGACAUUGAAUUCGAACCACCUCGUCGGCCUGGUGAGACAACCGGAAAUUUGUCCCCUUUCUUCCACACGACAAGUUCUGCUACAGACAAGUCGUCUCCUCCCACUCCGCCUAAACCUAGUGCUGGUUUAGGCGAUGUUAUGAGGGCAUCGAUACAAGACUUGCUGUCUGCCAUGGAAGCGGCAAGCCUGACGCCGAGUCAUAGGAAACAAAUAGUGCCGCAGUCUCCUUCAAUCAUCAAACCAUUACACGGCGAGACGCCGGACGCUGGGAUGACUGCAUCUCGAGAAGGCGGCCACACUGCAACCGGAAGUGAAGAAGACAACGACGGGUUUGAUGACGAUGAGUCGACAAAAGGGUACAAGGAGGGCCUAGACCUCAAGGAAGAGCCAGACUUCCGCAAUGAGCAUGAAGAGCCGCCAGGCCGGCGCCAGCUUGCUCCUGCUAGGAGGAGCCAUGGUGCCGCGACUUUGCUGCGUGGAGCAGGCGGUCGGGGUCAUGCGUUGGCUGGGGUGCCUUCAGCCGCUAGGCCACGCGGUGAAGCUUCUCGUGUCCGUGACACUCGCUCUACUGCCGCUGUUUGACGGCGACUAGACUGCUGCAGAGCUGCACGUUAUUCCUAUGAAGCCGCUAUACGCUUUGCGAUACAUGUUCAUCGCUAAUUGUUUCCGCAUAAAAAUUAACGCAUAGCGAUA